CUGGGAGGGAUCCAGAAAUGUCUCCAUUCCUGAAAAUGAUCGUGCUGGGAGAAGACCCUGCGAUCCAAGACCUUCGGCCAGGAUCUGUGACUUCUGCCGCUGUUAGACCUUCUACUCCUUGGCCCAACUAUAGGCCCCCAGUCGACUUCUUCUGCCGCCCAUGGCGGAGACCGAGUGGUGGGACCUGCCUUUGGUGCCGGCCGCGGCCGGCGUGGCCGGCGUGGAGGACCGUAGCCGCUUCCUGCGGCUGCACCGGGCACCACGUGGGGGGCGAGCCCAUGGCACCGUGGUUGUGCUCCAUGGAGGCUACUGGAAGAACAAGUUUGGCCUGGAUGACGCCUAUGGCAAUGCCGGCACCAUCAGCCUGCAUCGCUUCUUUUGGGAGAAGGGCUUCUCGGCGGUGGAGGUGGAGUACCGCCGCCGCGACCAUCCCGGAGGUGGUUGGCCUGGCACCAACGAGGCAGAGGGAGCGAAGCAGACGGAGGACAUCCUGAGUGCCUUGACGCGGAUCUCGCAGCUGAAAGCAGAAGGCUUGGAGGAAGGUCUGCCGCUUUCUCCUCAGCUCGGUGAAGCGAUCCAAAGCUUGCGCCCCGAGCGGCUGAUUCUGCUGGGCCACUCCGCUGGCGGCUGUUUAGCCCUGUGGGCCGCUCAGCGGUGGAGUGGCACCGCUGGUGCAGUGGCACCGCUGGUGCUGGCCGCGGCGCCGGUGGCGGACUUGGUGAAGGGAUAUGAGAUGAAGGUCUCAGAUGAAGGCGAUGCUGUGGAGUUGUAUAUGAAGCAGCCACCGACCUCUGAGAGUGCUCUGGAGGCCUAUCGAUUGGCCUCCCCAGCCGCGAACCUGCCAGUGAGCUUCCCACUGCUCAUCGUCUAUGGUGAUGCGGAUGCCGACGUACCUCCCGAGCUCGUCAAAGCCUAUGCCCACGCGGCGCGCGCUGGAGCGCCCGCCCUGGUCUCGGUGCUCGAGAUCUCCCAGGCCGACCACUUCCAGGUGGUCGACGCCACCAGCGACGCCUGGCGCCAGGCCAUUGUUCCGGCCUUGGCCCAACUCGUCCGGCAACACUAUGGAGAAGAAGCGGCGAUGGCCCUGGAAAGCAACUGAAGCACAUGUGUUGUGCUGGAAAAGGCCCAGAAAAAUGGUCCUGGCGAAAAGCAGCACAUGUUUGCAACUGGGAUCCCGUUUGGCCUUGUCAAAA